AUGGCGGUGCUCUUGCUGCUCUACGGCCUGCUCAUCCUUGGUCUCACGGGCAUCGCAAUCUACGAACACAUCACCCUCUCCAACCUCUCCCUCCCCAUCUCUCCGGCCCUCACAAUCCUCACCGUCCUCCUCCCCAUCCUCUCAACCUUCACCACCCUGCUCACCACGCGCUUACUCCCUUCCAACCGCGCCCUCACCAGCACCCCGGGUAACACCACCUCCCCCAACAACAACAACCACACCACCCCUUCCAAAUCCCUCACCCGCCCCCUUGGCCCCCUUUCCAGAUCUAAACUCCUUCCCCCCCUCCUAGCCAACACAACCCUCCUCCUCCUCCUCACAGCCCUCGCCACCCUCUUCACCUCCCCUCUGACCACAGGUCCCGCUUUCACAACCUGCACCCUCUCAACACAAUGGCAAUCCCUCUACUCGUCCAAAAACGAACCCGCCAUCCGCGCCAUCCAAGACACGUUGAACUGUUGUGGCUUCCGCAGCACGCGGGAUCGGGCGUGGCCUUUUCCGCGGGGGUCGAAUCCCGGGAAGUGGGAGGUUUUGGGGGUUGUUAUUAUGGCGAGGGGGAAGAAGAGGCUUGGUGGCUUUGGGUUUGGUUCUGGUUCUACGUCGGGUGCGGCGUCGGGGAGGGGCGGAGGUAGGAGAUGGGGGUGGGUCGGGGAAGUUUUGGAGCGGGUGUUUGGCGGGGGAGAGGAUGGUUGGGGUGUGAAUGGGGGGGGAUAUGAGGAGAGGGCGGGGGGGAGUGGUAGCAGGAGGCCGUUGUUGGCUGGUCCUGAGGGAGAAGGGGGUCAAAGGGAUGAGGAAGCGCAGAGGGGAUAUCAUGAGGUGGAUGAUGAUGACGAGGAUGGUGAUAUGGAGAACGGAAGACAGACAAGCGGCCGGGAGGAAAGGGGUGAGACGCAGAGGGAGGGCUCGUAUGGAGCUGUGGGUGGUGGUCCGAGGGUUGAGCCGGCUCAUCUUGAUCCUUGGGCUGGUGCUCAUCGGGGAUGA